UGUUCUUUGCAACUCUGAACGCACAGUGCUGGUGAACGCGCACGAAAAAAGUGUUGACACGUUGACAGAACAUUUUGGCUAGUGUUUUGCGAGAAUUACAUAUUUUUUUUUAUUGUUAUUUUUAGCCAACAAUCGAGCCCAAAAGUCAAGUGAUAAAACGCAGGAUUUGUGAAUUGAACAGUUGAAAUUGUGGGCAAAAAGGAAAAGGAAAAAAAGCCGAUAUUGACAGGACGCGACAACGGAACGGAAUUUUUCUGGUUUGUCGGGAAUUUAAAAAAAAAAGACGAAUUUAGAUAAUAACUAGCCAAAUACCAAAAUGCUGAAGCACCAAAGCAACAACAACAACAACAAGAGAACCGCCCGCAACAGCAACAACAACAAAAUGACAACUUCAAUGUUGUUAUUGUCAUUAUUAAUGUCGCUGGCAGCGCUGCUGCAGCGCAGCGACGCCGUUGAGUUUACGUUCGAUUUGGCGGACAAUGCCGAAGAUUGUUUCUACGAGGAGAUCAAACGUAAUACGAGCGCCUAUUUUGAAUUUCAAGUAUCUGCCGGCGGUGAUCUGGAUGUGGAUGUGGAGUUGAAGGAUCCACAGAAUCAGGUCAUCUAUACGUCGAAGCGUGCCACGUACGAUAGCCAUCAGUUUACGGCGGAAACAACUGGCGUAUAUACGGCAUGCUUUAGCAACAAAUUCUCCGCGUUCUCGCACAAAAUCGUCUACGUGGACUUUCAGGUGGGCGAGGAGCCCGCGUUGCCCGGCGUAGAUGAGCACGCCACGGUUUUAACUCAAAUGGAGACUUCGUCGCAGGCGAUACACAAGGCACUCAACGAUAUACUCGAUGCCCAGACACAUCAUCGUUUGCGGGAGGCGCAGGGAUUCAAGCGUGCCGAGCUCAUCAAUCAUCGUGUCAUGUUGUGGGCAUCCCUGGAAACCGCCUCGGUUGCACUAAUCGGUAUUGUACAGAUUCUAGUGUUGCGCAACUUCUUCACGGAUCGCAAGCCGAGCCAACAGCGCUAUGAACGCCUCUAGGAAUGCCGAUGACCGAUUACAGAUGACAGACAGCAGGAGGACGCUCAACAGUCCAGUUAACAGUCCAUCUCUAGUUUCAUCUACAUUACACUUUUUAUUUUCAUACAUAUAUACAGUUGCUCAAGUUAUUGUUUUGACAAACACAUUUUUUUAUUUGUUUUCAUAUUUUAUAAAUAGAAAUAUUUAAGAUCCACUUUUUUUUUUAAAUAAACAAAUAUGUAAACUUGCUUUGCCAAAACAAUUACUUGACACACUGUAUACUGUUAUUAUUAUUAUGGUUUCUCAAUACUGAACUGUUAUCUCUCGCUACCUCCUCAAAAUGUAUUCCAUUCAAAUUGUAAUGAUUUGUAAUUUGUUUAAUAAUAUUAUACCCAUACCCCACCCCCUCCCGCUGCGUGCAUCCCUCAACAAAAAAAAUACAAAAAAAAA